CACCAGCCGCAAGGAUCUCACGGGUCGGAGUCUCGCGCCAUGGCUGCCACCAACGCCCCCGCCGCCGCUGCCGCCGCCCCAGCUCCCGCCGUCCCGGCGACGCCGGUGCCGCGCGGGCAGGUGGAUCUGGUUGACUUCAUCGACUGGAGCAGCGUCGAGUGUCUCAACCAGGACCCCUCCCACAGCAUCGUUAACGCGCUCAAGCAGGGUUACAGGGAUGACGAUGGGUUGUAUGUGGCCAGUGAUUCGGACGAGCAGCUGCUUAUCCACAUCCCCUUCAUGCAGGUGGUUAAGCUGCAUUCCGCCCUAUUCAAAGGCCCCGAGGAAGACGGCCCAAAAACAAUUAAACUCUUCUCCAAUAAAGAGCAUAUGGGUUUCAGCAAUGUCAAUGACUAUCCACCAAGUGACAGUCUUGACCUGUCUUCCAAUCAUUUAGCAGAGAGUAAGCCUGUGCAGCUUAAGUAUGUCAAGUUCCAGAAUGUUCGCAGCUUGACUAUAUUUAUUGAGGACAACCAAAGCGGAAGUGAUGUCUCAAAAAUUCAAAAGAUUGCGCUGUAUGGAACAACUGUGGACACCACAAACAUGAAGGACCUGAAGAAGAUAGAAGAGCAUUAAGUCCAUACAAAGUUAGCAUGUUCCAGUGGGUGUACGGCACAAAAAACAGUAAACAGUUGAAUUUCUAGUUGAUCUUGGCAACUUUGCGCCCCCAUUUUAUACGUGAGGAAUUUGAGAGCCGAAGGAUCUGGUGGAGAUGCCAAUGCAUUUGCCUCUUGGCCUCCUCGAGCUUUACUCUGUACUGCUGCUUAUGGCUUGAUGUGGCCAGCGAAUUACCAUGUUUUCCUCUUCAGAAAUUCAUAUUUGGAGUUGUGGUACUUCUUGACC